UGAUGGGUCUCCCACCGGGGUUUCCCAGGAAGACUGUGACAGCAAAACAAGCAAUGCUGAAUAUCAGGCAGCAACACAAGUUAUCAUGGAUAACGCUGGUGAGAAACCCUACAUGUGUGGGGAGUGUGGGUACAGGGCGGCUUACAAGUCUGCCUUAUCCCUGCAUAUGAGAACCCAUACAGGAGAAAAACCCCACAAGUGUGACCAGUGUGACUAUUCUGCAUCACAGAAAGGCACCUUAGAUAAUCAUAAAGCAACGCACACCGGUGAGAAACCCUACAUGUGUGGGGAGUGUGGAUACAGGACAGGUGACAGGUCCAACUUAUCCCGACAUAUGAGAGCCCAUACUGGAGAAAAACCCUACAAGUGUGACCAGUGUGACUAUUCUGCAGCACAGAAAUUUCAUUUAGACCGACAUCUAGCAAAACACACCGGUGAGAAACCCUACAAAUGUGACCAGUGUGACUAUUCGUCAGCACGGAAAUAUGAUUUGGACCAACAUCUAGCAAAACACACUGGUGAGAAACCCUACAUGUGUGGGGAGUGUGGGUACAGGACAGCUGUGAGGUUUAACUUAUCCAAACACUUGAGAACCCAUACAGGAGAAAAACCCUACAAGUGUGACCAGUGUGACUAUUCUGCUGCAGAGAAAUCCACUUUUAACAAACAUCUAGCAAUGCAUGCUGGUGAGAAACCCUACAUGUGUGGGGAGUGUGGGUACAGGGUAACUCAGAAGUCUCACUUAUCCAUGCAUAUGAGAACCCAUACAGGAGAAAAGCCCUACAAGUGUGACCAGUGUGACUAUUCUGCAGCACACAAAUCUGCUUUGGACCAACAUCUAUGAAAGCACUCUGGUGACAAACCCUACAUGUGUGGGGAGGGUGGAUACAGGACAGCUCAAAAGAUUACCUUAUCCCGACAUAUAAGUGCCCAUACAGGGGAAAAACCCUACAAGUGUGACCAGUGUAGCUAUUCUGCAACCUCUAAUGCUAUCCUAUCUCGACAUAUGAGAAUUCACACAGAGGCACCAAGUCUGCAACUGUGACCAUCUCGUAGUGACAUUAGUACGCACAGUCUGCUGUUGACUACAGUUUCGCCACUUAGUAUCCCGAUUCGAAUCUUAAGGGUAUAUGAGAGUUAUGUUCAUAAACAUUUAGGCUUAAUAUUCUAUAAGAAUUCAUGAUGUUUGCAAGUAGGCAAAGGUUUUUCCCAAGAAAAAGCCCUAUACUUGUUCACUUUAAUAUCUAAUUAAGU